UGUCAAUACACUCACUAUAUGACGUGUAGUAAAGUUAUUAAAUACAUUCACAGGUGGCGAAAGGCAGCAGUUUCCACAAACACUCACCGCAGCACACAGUCUAAAUCACUGUCUCCCCUGCUGCUGUCACUAACAUUUGCUGUUGCACUGGUGCUUGCUUUUUUUGCAGUUUUUUUUUCUCUUCUUCAAUUUAUUUAUUUUCCCUUUUUUUUUUUUUUUUUUUUCUCUCCUGUGUUCAUUGUAAUCAUGACCUCUCGCUGUUUUAAUUUCAGAUUUGCAUAUCCACUUCCACUCCUUCCUCAUUUGCAUACAGCAAGAAUGGCGAGCGGGCAUCCCACAGACAAAUUCAGUUUCAUGUAUCAACCAGACACGCACAAGAGUAAGAACAGGUUAUCUUCAGCUAUGAAUCCAGUCUACAGCCCUGUUCAGCCAGGCACCCCUUAUGGAAACCCCAAGAACAUGGCCUUUACUGGCUAUCCAGGAGGUUAUCCUGCCACGGCUCCCACUUACACACCCAACCUCUAUCAAACAGGCAGUCCUGGGUAUCCACCAGGAUAUACUCCUGCAGGAACUCCGUACAAAGUCCCGCCCACUCAGUCGAAUGGAGCGCCGCCGCCCUACACCCCCACCCCCACCCCGUACCCGACAGCCAUGUACCCCAUCCGCAGUGCCUACCCCCAGCAGAACCUAUACGCACAGGGAGCGUAUUACACCCAGCCCGUGUACGCGGCUCAGCCACACGUGAUCCAUCACACCACCGUGGUGCAGCCCAACAGCAUCCCCUCCACAGCCCUCUACCCGGCCCCCGUCCCGGUCCCCGCUCCCCGCAACAACGGCAUGGCCGCCAUGGGGAUGGUGGCCGGAACGACCAUGGCCAUGAGUGCAGGGACUCUGCUGACAACGCCCCAGCACGCCCCCAUCGGAGCACACCCGGUUACUGUGCCAACCUACAGGCCCCAAGGGACGCCCGGGUACAGCUACGUACCGCCCCACUGGUAGAGCCCACCCAUCAUCAGAUCUGGAGUCCACCAUCGUAUGCAACUGCUCAAAUCUUUACACGGGCUCCCAUCGGUAACCAUGGGAACCCGGCACCUGUCUGCAAGAACAAAAAGAAAAGUGCAACAGCCACUUUACUAUUAUUGUUAUUGUUAUUAUGCGACAUUCUCUUACGUUUUACAAAAAAAAAAGCUGCUUUUUUUUUUCCUCUCUCUGUUCAUUUGCCAACCAGUCAUUACUUUUAUUUUGUAUGUUUAUUUUAUUUUUUUCUUCUUAUUUUAAUUUUCUUUUGCUGUGUCUGUCAUUGGAACUCCAGAAGAACUCUUGACCAAUCACGGGUGUCGGUCGAUCCUCUUUCUGUGUUGUGCUGGUGUGUGUGUGUGAGUGAGUGUGUGUGUGUGUAUGUGUGGUCCCGCCUGCUGCUGCUCAGUUGGCUGGAAUCUAUUGGGCACUUAUUCUUCUUCAUCAUCAUCAUCAUCAUCUCGAUCAGUCUCUACAGAGACUUUAUUGACUUAUGCUGCCAAAUUUUCUAAGGACUAGAUAUCAGCACAGGGUUUUAACAUGAUUUGGAUCUUUUUCUUUGAAGCUUUUUCUGUUUUAGCACAUUCAUCUCAGCAUUUUUUUUUUGUUUUUAUUUUUCUAUUCUCGGUUCUUCCUUCCUCUUUAUUUUUCAAUGCCAAUGGUUUCCCUUUUCAGUUGGAUCUCGCUCGUCUUCCAGCGCGUAGCUUUCCGUCUGUCGUCCUCGCGUCUCCGUCCGGGCGCUGUGAGCGCUCGCCCAUCGUCACCCGUCGUGUUGCGUGUCCCGCUUUGUCUGCAUCAGCAUUGUACGUAGUACACACACACACACACACACACGCACAUACGCACACACAAAGAACAGCAUCGCCUACUUUAUGCUACAUACUAUGCAGGCUAGUAUGUUGUGACACUAUCGAGGUCUAAACCGAGGUAGAGAACAUUUUGGGGUUGUUUGUGUCGUGUCAGCUUUUUUAAAUGUGGUUAGCAUAAGUCAAUACAUAAAGAAGCUGUUAAAAAAGAAAAAAAGGAAAAAAAAGACAUUUAUACUAAUUGUGUCAACAACAUGGAUGGUCAUGCACACUUUCACACACACACAUACACAGGGGCUCCUGUGAUGUGCUGAGAAACACACAAUCACUUAGUGGCACUUACUAUACAGUACCUCCUCCAGUUAAAUGAUCAAGUUACACACACACACACACAGGCAUGCAUGAUGUGGAUUUGUGAGGGUGUGUAUGGCAGACACAGCCAGCAGAGGAGGAGCUUAAAGGGGAGUGUGUUGGCACGAGGAGAGCAGAAAGCAAGCAGAGGAGGAGGAGGGAGAGAGGAGGAGCAGACGGCAUCCAGUCAUUUUAAUUCAAGGUACAAGACACUGGAGUUUGACGUCCUUCCACGGAGGGGCGGCUCAAACACACAGCUCUGUUUGCACUGCGUGUGUUGUACAUUGAUCUGUCACCAGGAUGCCAUCAGCUCCUCUUCUUCCUCCUCUUUUCCUUUUCCAGGUGAGGACUAAUCAAGUUAUCUGUAGUUUUCACUAAAUGAUGGACCAGUCAACAAAAACUCAAAGUUUGAGGCCAGUCCCCUUUCUUUUGUCCUUGAAGACAUAUCGGUGUCAUCUGGAUAAAAGUUUGUGCAGCCCCUUCUCAGAAAGAUGCAUCACUGCAGUUUUAAAUGGGAAUAAAAACAGAAUACAGUGGUUUGCAAAACUCACAAAGCCAUACUGAAAGAUUUUGGAUAAUCUCCUGCUAUGAAGAUGAAAGUCUUUAAACUGCCUGCUGAUAAAGUCGAUGGUUUCUCAAUUAGGUUUUCUCAAUUUUGCAAUCAGAAACUUAUCUCCGAAGUUGUUAAACAAUUUUUACACUCGGCCAAUCUGGACACCUCAAAGGCUUUUUAUACCCGGUCGCGUCUUUGACAUGAUGUUUGAUCCGUGUCAAUUAUGUUCCAGCCUCUUCCCCAGCUUUUUUAGGAUUGUGUAAUGCCAACAAACUCAAUUCAAAUGUCAGUUUUAACAUUAUGUUCAAUAAUGAUGCAAAUCACUGUAGUUUGUAUGUAACUUGGACAUGAUGUGCCAACUGUUUUGGACUCGGGUGUAAAAGUGCACAUGCAAAACCACACAGUAAUCAGACUACCAGUGGUUUGAGGUUCGCCGUCAGAGUGCGUUUGCCUUUUUCGCUAAAAUUUCAACAAAGCGAACACGUUUCCCCUCAGAAAGCCCAUCUGCUGUGAGUCUUUGUUGACUGGUCCUCGGCUGGAUAAAAGGGGAGGGUGCAUGGCGGGAGCGGGAGAACACACACGCAGUGGUGGGAUUUCAUAUUUCGGUGAGGCCUGUGGCAUUUUUUUCAGGAUUUACAAAUAAAACAAGACUCGAAUCGCAUCUCCGUGAUCUGUAGAGUACAGAUUGGUGUAACAAAACGAAAAAGAAAAAAAAAAAGCAUUUACUGAGCGGGUAUGUGGAUGUAGUGGUUUAAUAUUGCAAUAAAAUAAGAGGGACUGCCUCCAACAUUUAACAGUAAUUAUUUUAUCAACAUUUUGAAUUGAUUUUUUUUUUUUUUUUUUUUUUCUGUUUCAGGAGUAUUGUUGUAAUCUUAAAUAUGGAUCCGAGGCUCCGUAUGCAGCCUCCAUUCAAUAAUUAUUACAGUUACUGCUAAGAAAAGUAGAACAUAUCAAAAUUUUGGGUAUUGAGUAACAUUGUGAGGACAUAUUGCACAACAUAAGAUUAAAAAAAAAAAAAAAACUUGACUAUACUGCUAUAAUUUAAUGCUAAGUAACAGGUACCUAGGCUUUGUAGUGCAAGACGGAGGACAAAGCAAUUUAUAUCUUAAAUAAAUAAAACAAUAAGGUGGAGUGUUUGAGGUAUUCUUAGUCCUGAUGUUUGUACACUAGUAGGUUAAUCCUUCAUGGAAAUAUUACAUAAUGCCGCUGUCGGAGGAAAACCGCCUUUAUUUGGAACCUCUUUUUAAACCGACGUGUAUUUUAGAGACUUCGAGUGGAUUUUUUUGGGGGAGACGAGUUACAAAACGGUCCCUCCUCGUAAGAAGAAGCGUGUACAUUUCAAUGAAGCCAGUAGAAAUGUGGGGGGGGGAAUACACAGCCUGGAUUUUCUUGCGACAGCGGUGACGUUACUCGACAUUAGGAUUUAUUUAACCAACCACUACUUUUGUCAGUAUUUUUCAAUUGAAUUUGUUCUUUUUCCUCUUUUCCCUCUGGUCGAUUGAGCAUUAUGGGUAUGCAUAAUAUUCAGGUGUAUUUCACUAUAGCAUUGGAUUUCUAAGUUGAUAAAAAAAAUAAAUAAAAUAAAAUAACAUGCAGUAUAUUUAUACAGCAAGUGGUACAGUCAAAUGUAUUUCUAGCUAAGCAUGGUUGCAUCAGUGUGGCAGCUACUGUUUGUGCUUUUCAUUUUUAUUUUUAUUUUAUUUUUUUUUAAUUUUGAACCUCUUCUUCUGCAUCUUUUCCUCUACAUAUCUGUCACUGAGGGGGGAGAAGAAGUGAACACAGUCUGUAAAUAAAGUUUGGACUUGUGGAAUUUCUCGCUACCAAAUUCUCUAACAGCAUCGCCUGAAUCUGCAGACGUUGAGGGAAAUAGAGGACAUGCAGGACAGAGACGGACGCCACACGUUCCCUGUCCGUUUCUGUCCUUGUCCUGCAAAGAUUAACGUCUGGGGAAAAGAACCCUCGGCCUCCAUGUCCUUUGCUCUGUGCCAUAUUUCACCAACCGUCGUUUGGUAAUGAUUAAUUUCCCUCUCCUAAAUAACUGGUGAAUUCUGAGUCCUUGUUCUGUCUAGCUUCCUGUGAAUCUGUGUUCUUUCCUAUUGCUGUCCUGUUUCUCACGUUGUUAAUGCAUAUUGCCUGUCGGACUCUUAUCUUACUGUGACCUCUGUGCUGAUCCUCGUUUCGCUCCGUGCCACCAUGCCCCCCCCCCCCCC